GGUCGCUGUAAUAAAGCUGUUUAAAUAGAGGGGUCGGAGAGCAUCGUUUAUCUCUAGCAACAGAUAAUUGGAUUGGGUUUUGGUGCAGUAAAGAAGUAAUUACCUGAUUGAAAUCACCCUCUUAAGACUCCAAAUGCUGAUGGCUUGGCGGGGAGGGCCGGAUGCACAGAGCCAUCUGACUGGAAAUAACCGGUCGCGAUGGUAGGUGGGUGGACGGCUGGUGAGGAGAGAUGGAGAGAUGAAUGGGGAUGGGCCAUGAGCAUGAGACAGUCCUUCACAAACAAGUUUAAAGGAGGAAGGUAUAUAUUGAGGGAAGUCUUAGACCAGAGCAAAACUCCGCCUGGUUACUGCCUUAACAAGACUGAGACAAGACCAGGAGUUCCUCCGGACGACGACAGAGUUCAACCGACCAGCGAGAAGCACAUCAAACAGUUCUUCCACACCACCCAGACCGUAAGACAUCCAGAAUGCGUGCGUCAGCGGUGCUGCUUCCUCUGCUGCUGUGUGUGGUGGUGGGGGUGAACCAGGUGCAGGCGGAGGUGAAGGCGGUGAAGCUGUGUGGAAGAGAGUUCCUGAGGGCUGUGGUCUACACCUGUGGAGGGUCACGAUGGAGGAGACUCCUCGCCGAUCCUGAACUGGAAGAUUUGUCCAACGGCGAGCAGGGGAGUAUGGAGAACCAGGGCGCCACUUUGGGGUCCGACCUGAGCCGGAGAGACAUGAACAACAUGCUGACCACCGUCUGCUGUCAGGUGGGCUGCCGCAAGAGUGACCUCACCUAUCUCUGCUGAAGCCAGGGGGUUGGUGUGACCCCCCCCCUACCACCACCCACUGACCCCCCCCUGCCUGAACUUUCAUCACAGAUUCUCUGUCAUCUUUCCCAAGCACGCUCUGUCUGUUCCUUACACCUAAGGCACAUUGUUUUAAACUGUUUUUGUGAAAUCAGAACACUUGCACUAGGAGAAUCACGUAGAGCUUUAAGAUUGUGAAUACUUGUUUUGGUGUGGAUAGCCUAUAUAGAUUAGACUAGCUCUGUAGAUCAUUAAUGAUGACCGUAGCACUGCAAGAGAUGAGAACCAAAGUUGUGAAUUCAGGGAUUUUCAUCUAGUUUUAGUCUGUAUUUCAUAUAGUUUUGUGAGCACUGUAUUUUUUGCCAGGCUAAAUAAAUGUUCUAACUUAU